AUGGCUGAGGAAUCUAUGGCUGAACUCCAUGAAGAUACUAGUCUUUUCUUGCUCUGCUGCCUCUCUUCAAAGUCCGUUUUGUCGAGCCCUGGGCGCUAUGAAGCAAUCUUCAACUUCGGCAACUCUCUGAGUGACACCGGAAACUUCCUACUUUCUGGGGCACUUGCAUUUCCAGGCAUAAAAAAUCUUCCUUACGGUGAGACAUUCUUCCACCACCCAACCGGUCGAUGCUCAAACGGACGGCUCAUGAUUGAUUUCAUAGCUGAAGUAUUUGGGCUGCCGUUUCUUCCACCAUAUCUCGCAGUAGCCAAAGGUCCACCUGUUCGUACUGGAGUGAACUUCGCAGUUGUUGGUGCCACAGCACUCGACCCGUCUUUCUUCUAUGCUCAGAAGAUUGGGCCACUCUUGUGGACCAAUGACUCAUUGAGUGUUCAGCUUGGCUGGUUCAAGAAUUUGAAGAAGUCUCUCUGCACCACCAAACAAGAAUGUGAUGACUACUUCAAGAAGUCCCUAUUUUUGGUGGGGGAGAUGGGUGGCAAUGACUACAUCUUUCCCUUUAUUUUUGGUCUAAGUGUUAAACAGCUACGUGCUUGGGUACCACAAGUCGUUGGAGCAAUCGCCCGUGCCAUCCGUAUACUGAUAGAAGAAGGAGCCGUGGAUAUGGUGGUCCCAGGACAGUUUCCAGUAGGCUGCUCCGCCGUGUUUCUAACUUUGCUUCAUAGCCCUAACAAAUCGGCAUAUGACCCAAGUGGGUGUCUCAAGGCUUAUAAUGCUUUCUUCGAGUACCACGAUAACUACCUCAAGCAAGAAUUGCAAAAAUUGAGAGAGGAAUACUCUCAUGCAAGAAUUAUGUAUGCUGAUUAUUAUGGUGCCUCCAUACCUCUUUAUCGCACUCCAAAACACUAUGGCUUUUACGGAGGGGCACUAAGGGCUUGUUGUGGAGGAGGUGGUCCAUACAACUACAAUAAUUCAGCAAGUUGUGGUAACCCCGGCUCAACUGCUUGCGAAGAUCCAUCGGCCUUCGUCGAUUGGGAUGGGAUUCACUUGACCGAGGCUGCUUAUCAUUUCGUCUCCAAACGGUUGUUCUAUGGAGGCUUCACAUCUCCACCGCUCUUAUCUUAAUCUAAUAACUGAAAUUACACACAAACCUCAUGUCGAUAGUUGCGUCUAUCGAAGGUUAGUUGCACAUUUUCAGAAUAACGGAGUUUGAUAUAUCCCAUGUAUAAGUAGAUCUUACGUAUGUUUUUUUUUUUUUUUUUUUGGUAAGGAUCUUACGUAUGUUUGUUUGUAAGUUUAUCUUCCAAAUUUACACCCUGUUUGUCUAGAUCGAAUUUACUAUGUACGAGGUCUUCUCAUAUUUUGCCGUAUUGGACAUAA